CCCCUAUCAACAUGCAUUCAUGUUUUCUCCCGCCCCAAGUUGAAGAAUCCAGUCUGUCUGUCUGUCUGUGGACUGUCAGUGCUUGUAUCCUGUCACGUUGGCGGAAUCGAAGUAGUUGGCGUUCUCCCUUGCCAUGGCCUCCCUGUGCCGCGCCACCUCGGCCUCACCCAUCAGCUCAUCAGGCCUCACCUAAACGCAUCAUGACAUGCAGCCAGGCAGGCAACAGAUCCAUCCAUCCAUUCAUUGGAGAGGAGAGAUGGCCGACUGAUUCGAUGAAUGAAUGAAUGGAUUGGGUGCGUGUGCUGUCUGUCUUACGUCAAGGUCAAAGUUGCCUUCCUCCGGCGCGUACACACCUCUGCACAGCGUGAUGCUCUCGCGAACCCUGAACAGAUCCCAUGCGGACAGCCAGUGAAAACAUACGUGCAGUGAGUGCAGUGUGUCAUAGAGAGAGGAUCCAUCAAUCGGUCGUUGAGAGCGACUCACUCACUUGCGUUGUGUGGUGAGGGCGACACGUUUGCUGAUGAAUCGGAUCGUGUACCCUGGCAGUGCAGUGCAAGCAGCAAAGGAAGGCACAGACACACAUGGGACGGCCACACGCAGAUAGAUGGACGGACACUCACGCUUGACGUGUGUGUCUGCUCUGUCUGCUUGGCCCCUCACCGACCGAUUCGCCGGUCGUCUGUCUUGUUGGGUCCGCUCCGGUGGACCAGACGAAAAUGGUGAAGCGACAUCUCACCCGCCUUCAGCACCACAUUCACAGCACUGCUCUCGUCCACAACGUUGGGGAUUGUCUGGCCUGCAGACACACAUACGGCACGGCACGGCACCACUGUCUGUCUGUCUGUGUGCUGUCUCUCCGUGGUGCCGUGCAUUCAUUUUGGUGUAUGGUUUGACCUCUGCUGAGCAUGUUGUUGUGGUCGUUGGUCUCGACGUGCGGCAGUUGCUUGUGGUGUGUGCCGGGGAUGUACUGCAUACACCCGUUGGCCUCGUUCACAUCCACAAGGGCAAUCCAGGCCGUCAACACCUGCUCUAGACAGACAGACAACAGACAGAUGGAUCGACACACAGGACACAACACACAUUCGCACCCCACUCACUAUGUGAACCCCGCCCUCCCCCUUAUGGACACACAUCGUCUGACGGCUCCAGGCCGGCGUAGGUGCUGUCUUGAUGCCACGAGAAGAAAGAGUCUGUGUGCGGCUCCUGACCAAACAGGCAGAUCGACUUGUACUCUGUGUGAUUGCGUGUGAAUGAAUGAGUGUGUCGCCUUCCUCUUGCGCACCUUGAUGUUGAAUUCUGAUGACCACGCCAGAACAUCAGGCCCCAGGACGGCCUCGACGGCGUCCAACACCUGCAGACACAAAGGCCGCCUGCACCCGUCCGUCCCCCCAGCCCCCCCGCCCUCACCUCUGGCUUCAUAACGAGAUCCCACAACCAUGGUAGCAGCAGGUGAGGGCGGAAUCGCAUGUCCUUAGAGGCCUGCAGAGGGAGGGAGAUCUCGCCGCCAGUCGAUGGAUGUGCAGAGAUGAAUGAAUGCAGUCGUGACUGCAUGACUCAACUCACCUUGCCUCCUUCCAGCAUGCCUUCCCAUUGCUCCAGGUUGUGCCUGAGCGUGAACGCCUCCGCUGCACUGCAUACGCGGAUCGGGCAAUAAUAGCCCUGCUUCUUGAAGGCACUGGCGAUGUGAUGCAUGGCAAGGAAGUUCAAAU